AUGAGUGACGAACUUCAAUCAAUUCUUCAACAAUUGCCAACAUAUCAGCCAGGAACACCAAAUUAUCAACAACUUGUAAAUACAAUUGAAGAAAUUGGCAGAGAUUUGAAGGCAUCUUACACUUUCAAUAAAGUGAGCACCGAGCGUCUCAAGCGUAAUAUCAUAAACGCAAGAGUUCUUGUCAGGUUUGUUAUUUUCUUUUUUGUUCUUCUGUUUUGACAAAUUUAGAAUCUCAAUUUCUCACACUUUUCUUGCGAAAUGCACUUAAAAAAUCGAGAUCAAAUAUUGACAUUAUUAUCCUUCAGAGGUUGCCUUUUGGACGCUGACAACGACAAAAAGAAGGCGGACGCAAAAAUAGAAAAAGAAAGACAAGAAGUUGCAACUGCAGCCAAAACCGAAACUCCAACUCCAUCUUCAACUCCAAAAAUUUAA